AGCAUCUCUCUCACUACUUUGCUUUGUUUCUACCCACAAACCAGUUGUUUGACAUUGGGCUGUUUGGUGUAUGCUUACUUCCUCUUUUUUGUGUGUCUGUUAGUGCGUUUUUUGGCGAUUUUAAAGCGAUUUUAUGCUAUACAUAAGUAGCAGAUUUAAAUGAUUAGUCGCUGUCUCAACAAUGUCCCAUGAAGAAGAUAUACAAUUCAUAGGCAUGAAGACUUCUUCUAGUGAGGGAGCUCUUCCAGAUAUAAUUGGACUUGAUUCAAGCUCCACUUCGCCAACUUCCCUGGCUUUUGUUGAUAAUUCAACUAUCAAUUCAAAAAUUAAGAAAAAUGAAAGUAAACAGUCAAAUCAACCAAGCAUAUUUGCUUACUUGAACAGUAACAAAUUCAAUGGAAGAAUCUCCAAAGAAAGUAAUGCAAGAACUGAUCAGGGAUCUGAUUUGGCUAAUGGCUUGCAAUCAAAGAACUCUUCAGUUGCUUCAAAACCAGAAACAAUUGAAAUUGAUGAUCCUCAUGAAAUAAAUGAUAUCACAAUGACCAGUCCAACAAUUGAUAAAGAGGUCCUUGAUGUUCAGGAUAACGAUAACCAUAAUGAAUAUGAUAAUGAUUCAAGCUUGCUUAUAGACUCAAAAUCUCAAGAAGAGUAUCAAAUUUGGAAGAAAAAUUCUCCUUAUUUGUAUGAUUACUUGCAAACUUUUUCCUUAGUAUGGCCUUCAUUAACUGUUCAAUUUCUUCCUGAUUUUGAAAAAGUUGAAAUUAAUAACAUCAGCCUUUCCGAAAAUUAUGAUCGUAACAUUAAUGAAAAAAAUGACAAUUUAAAUAAAACUAAAAUCAAACCUAAUAACAAAAGUACCAAAACUAAUAACCAGGUAUUCAAAAAAAAAUUUCGAUUAUUAUUUGGCUCUUUUUCUUCUAAAGUUUCAUCCGAAUUCAUUCACUUUGCAGAUUUUACUACGUCUGAUCUAAGUUCAAAAUUUAUCUCUAUUGAACAUUUUGAUCCAGAGAAAAAUGAGUUUCUAAACAGUAAUAUAAAUAAUAUAACUAACUCCAGUAGCUCAAAUAAUAAUAGUGCAAAUUAUCUUUUUAAAAAAAUUACAGUCAAUCAAAAGAUUUUAAAUAAAGGUGAUAUUAACAGACUAAUUUAUAUGCCUCAAAAACCAGAUAUAAUAUCCUCUAUUAAUGAUUCUGGCAAAAUUUAUCUAUUUGAUAGAACAAAGCAUUUCAGUAAACUAAAUAGUACUUUUGAGAAAUUCAAACCUCAAAUGAUUUUGGAUUACCAUAAAACCGAGGGUUACGGCUUAUCUUUUAAUCAUCACAAAGAAGGAUAUUUGCUUUCUGCUUCUCUGGAUGGAAAUGCCUGUCUUUGGGAUAUCAAAAGUACUUUUUCUCUAAAAAAUAAUACAGUGGAUACACCAUUAAGUGUGGUCAAAAACUCACAUCCUGGUGGUGUAAAUGAUAUCAAAUGGUUAUAUUCUCAUGACUCAAUUUAUGGUUCUGUUGGAGAAGACAAUUCAAUAAAAAUUUUCGAUAUAAGACUACCAGUUCUUAAUGAUAGUAAAAGAUCUACACCCUCAAAUAACUCAUAUCAUAAUAGUGGAAUUAAUUCUUUAUCCUUCAAUUUUAAAAAUAUGUUUUGUCUAGCAACUGCUGAUUCUGAUGGUUUAAUAGCGAUCUGGGACUUGAGAGAUUUUUCAAAACCCAUAUAUUCUUUAAAAAACGCUCAUAAGGGGUCAAUUUCUACCAUAAAAUGGAAUAAUAAUCUUGGUUCCAUAUUGGCUUCAGCUGGUCAAGACGACCAUAGAGUCAAACUCUGGGAUAUGGCUCAGAUGAACCCAAAUAACGAUACUUCAACUAUCAAAGAUUAUGACCAGGGCUUUACUGAGCCCAUAGAUGAUAAAACUUUUAAUAGAGAAUUGUUAUUUAUUCAUGGAGGACAUAUGAGUGGUGUUAAUGAUAUAUCCUGGAAUCCCAACGAUGAUUGGAUGAUUUCCUCUGUGUCUAAUGACAAUUCUUUGCAUGUUUGGAAACCUUCAAAAUCCAUUGUGGAAUAAUUAUAAAAAACUUAAUUGAUAGAUUUUUCUGAUUUAACUAAAUCAUUUUGUCAAGAGUUUAUUUCUAAUUUAAUAUUAACUGUAUUUUUAGCUACUCUUUUAGUUGUAUCAAUAUAAACCAUUUUUAUAAUUAUAUUUGAAGAAUGUUUUAUAUUGAAGGAAUUUAUCAGAAAAGAAGUCUCAAUGUGUAGAAUGAUUAUAAAUAAUUGAGACAAAUUGAAAAAAAAAAACAUUGAAAAACGAUAGAAUUAAAAUAGAAAUAUAAAAGUAAAUCAAUAACACAAAAAAACAAAAUAAUGGAUGAAAAUGAAAGACAAAACAUAGAUAAUAAAAAUGAAAAUAUAAAAUAUAAAAUAAAAUAUAAAAAAAUAUGAAAAACGAACAUAGAAAAUAGAUAACAG